UUCACAGCAGACGUCCACGCUCGGGACGACAGGUGCACUCCCCUCGGAUGAUGCCACAGCGGCACUUUUUUUUGCACAUUUUUAUACUAUUUUUGACAUCCUGAAAAUGCCUUUCCCGCCGAUCAGCCUCCAUCAGAAGAUCUCCUCGCCGGGGAGGGAGUUUUUCGGGAAGAAGAAAGCCAAUCCUGUCAGCGGGGAGAAGGGGGAACCCGGGAAGGAGAAGCAAACCUCAUCUUGGACCUCGGCGAAUUUACGCAAUUUAGGGCGCAGGACGCAGCAGGAGAAGACUAAAAUCCCCACGCAGAAGGAUCCGCAGGGGAAAUGCUCCUGGCUGACCUCCACCAAACCUCAGGACUCGUCCGCGGGAGUGAGGCGCUCCUCCUCCGUGGACUCCGGCAGACUCCUAGCCGGCAAAGAAGACGCCAAAAAGGAGCUGCAAUUCACUCUCAGCCUCACCCCGGAGGCCAUCCUGGUCAUCCAGAAGCGGAACCUGGAGAAGCAAAUGCUGGCCAAGCAGCAGAAAUGCUGCGCGUCCACGGACUUCCGGCACCGGCGCGUCUUCCCUUCCAAAAAGGCGCACGGCGCCUCCAAGGGCGCGCAGCCGUCCAACAAAGCCGAGGAGGUGGAGCACCAGGACAUCACCGCCAUCGUGAAAAUCUCCCUCUUGAACGACCAGUACAAGUACGACGACGUGGAGUACGAGGAGGAGGACGGCGACGUGGACGAGACGGUGGUGAGGAAGUGCAAAGAGUGGCUGAAAGGCGUGGAAAGCGCCGCCGCGCUGGGGAAGGUGGACAAACUUUGCGCACUCCCGCACCUUAAAGGCUGCUGACAGCUGGACACGUCACGGACUCACCUUCUUACAAGUGGACUGCACACCUGCUGCCAUGCACGCUCAGGUCACCAGUGGAAUGUCUGUACUUUUUUUUUUUUUUUUUUUUUGUGGAAUAUACUUCCCCGGGAUGAUUUGAAAGAUCUUAGUGCCUUUUCAAUCAUCAGUGACUUUUUGCACAUGACAUGUUUUUGUUUCCAGUGAAGGCGGCUUUUACGCCAAAUAACCCCUUUUUGUUGUGUGAGAACAAUAAAGAGUCAGCUACACUGUAAAAAAAAAAAAAUUACCAGUAUUUUUUCCGCAUACUGUAAUCCAAAUGUACUUUGACAUUACAACACAUGGCAGUAACAUCACUGUGUGCUAGCAAUUAGCACUGUAAUACCACAACAAAUUACUGUACAUUCAAACUGAUUGUCUCUUAAAGGCCUACUAAAAUGAAAUUUUCUUAUUUAAACGGGGAUAGCAGAUCCAUUCUGUGUGUCAUACUUGAUCAUUUCGCGAUAUUGCCAUAUUUUUGCUGAAAGGAUUUAGUAGAGAACAUUGACGAUAAAGUUCGCAACUUUUGGUCGCUGAUAAAAAAAGCCUUGCCUGUACCGGAAGUAGCGUUACGUCGCAGAUUGAAGGGCUCCUCACAUUUCCCCAUUGUUUACACCAGCAGCGAGAGCGAUUCGGACCGAGAAAGCGACGAUUACCCCAUUAAUUUGAGCCAGGAUGAAAGAUUUGUGGAUGAGGCACGUGAGAGUGAAGGACUAGAGUGCAGUGCAGGAUAUAUCUUUUUUCGCUCUGACCGUAACUUAGGUACAAGGGCUCAUUGGAUUCCACACUUUCUCCUUUUUCUAUUGUGGAUCACAGAUUUGUAUUUUAAACCACCUUGGAUACUAUAUCCUCUUGAAAAUGAGAGUCGAGAACGCGAAAUGGACAUUCACAGUGACUUUUAUCUCCACGACAAUACAUCGGCGAAGCACUUUAGCUACGGAGCUAACGUGAUAGCAUCGUGCUUAAAUGCAGAUAGAAACAAAAGAAAUAAGCCCCUCACUGGAAGGAUAGACAGAAGAUCAACAAUACUACCAAACCCUGGACUUGUAACCACACAGUUAAUGCUGUACCGCCUGGCGAAGCCUAGCAAUGCUGUUGCUAACGACGCGAUUAAAGCUAACUUAGCUACGGGACCUCGACAGAGCUAUGCUAAAAACAUUAGCUAUACACCUACGCCAGCCCUCAUCUGCUCAUCAACACCCGUGCUCACCUGCGUUCCAGUGAUCGACGGCGCGACGAAGGACUUCACCCGAUCAUCGAUGCGGUCGGCGGCUAGCGUCGGAUAGCGCGUCUGCUAUCCAAGUCAAAGUCCUCG